AUGUGCUACUUCCUCACCGGCUUAGCCGAUGAGACCCUCACUGUUAAGCUUGGAGAGGAGGCUCCAGCAACCUUCGCCGAAGUUCUGCAAAAAGCGAAGAAAGUCAUUGAUGGACAAGAGCUCGUCCGAACCAAGACUGGCCGACCUGAGAAGCAGAUCGACCAGAGGAAGCCCAGCCAAGAGAAGAGGAAGGGUGAUUCCAAAUCUAAAGACAAGGGACCAUCCUCCUCUAGCAGCCGAGCUGAUUAUCGAAGGUCGGAUAGCGGUCACAGCCGAAGCCGACCUUAUGAGUGGUACACUCCAACCACUAUCCUCAUCUCUGAAAUACUUACGAACAUCGAGGAAAGUGGGAUGGAAAAGCUCCUCAAGCGACCUGAGAAGCUCCGAAGAGACCUAGAAAAGCGCAAUAAAGAUAAAUAUUGUUGUUUUCAUCGCGAUCACGGCCAUAAUACAUCAAAUUACUGGGAACUGAAGCGCCAGAUUGAAGACCUCAUUCAAGACGGCUACUUCAAAAAAUUCGUUGUAAAACCGAGGUUCAACUCAGUAGAGAAGAAAGAAGAGAAGAAGCGUUCAAGGACGUCGCCUCGUCGAGAUGACCGACCUACGAUCAUCAACAUUAUUUUCGGGGGCCCAAAUGGGGGCCAGUCUAGAAAUAAAAGAAAAGAGCUAGCUCGCGAAGCCAAGCGCGAGGUGUGCAUCAUCAGGGAGCAGAAACCGACUUGCUCCAUUACCUUCGGUGAUGCCGAUCUGGAGGGGGUCCACUUACCCCAUAAUGAUGCACUUGUGAUCGCCCCUCUUAUCGAUCAUGUCCUGGUCAGAAGAGUAUUGGUAUAUGGAGGGUGUAUCGACUUACCGGUUACGAUUGGGCAAGAUGAUACACAAGUAACUCAGAUGGCCGAGUUCGUCGUGAUCGACGGAAGGUCGGCCUACAACGCCAUCUUCGGGAGACCCAUCAUCCAUUCGUUUCGGGUCGUUCCCUCAACAGUUCAUCAAGUUCUGAAGUACUCAACUCCUAAUGGAGUGGGCACGGUCCGAGGGGAGCAGAAAACUUUGAGGGAGUGUUAUGCCUCCGCGCUUAAAGGGUCAUCAGUAUGCGCCCUAGGACAAGCCAACGGGGAUGAGUUGCUGAAGUCUGAGGCCGACCUACCAAAAUUAGGUAAAAGGAAAUUCUCCGCACCGACAGAGGAACUCGAGCUUGUUCUUUUGCUUAGCCCUGAAAGAUAA